CACGUCACACUUCCGGGUCAUACCAUAUGCAACCACACCAUAGGGGUGAAUGCAUAGACUGUUCUAUCUCAGUUAGCCGAAGUACCCGGUAUUUUAGGACUUUUGACAAUCGUGUAUUAAUUGGUUAUCUUUGAAUUUCAUCUCUGUGUGUAAACCUGUCACCUCCCGCCUUCUGCUCUGGACGCAGGGUUUGGACGGUUCCUCGUGUAGACAGGCAGCUGAUCUCUGGGCUCUGAAGCUAUACAUUCUUGGGAGCUCGAACUCCUCCUCCAGAGGGGUAUCUAUUGCACUGCAGAGGGAGGUCCCCUUCCAACUCCUCGACUCUUACGACUCAGCUGACGGGAGGGCGCUGUUUAUCAAGGGUGGUGAUAUAACUAAUUCCAAAAUGGCUACACAGCUGUUUGAGGGUAAAGAGCAUGCAUCCUAUUAUCAGAAAUACAGGUUUGCUCCACCACAAGAGCUACAAGACAUGAUCUUCAGCUAUCUUCAAGAAAGAUUGAACAAACCCUAUAAGCUUGCAGUGGAUGUAGGCUGUGGAACAGGACAAAGCACAAGAAUUCUGGCUCCACAUUUUGAAAAGGUUUUGGGAACAGACAUUAGUGAAGCCCAGAUCGAAGAGGCAAAGAAAGCAAACACAUUUCAAAAUAUAACAUUCAGUGCCUGUCCAGCUGAGAAAGUACCUGUAGAUGAUGCCUCUGUAGAUCUACUAACCGCAUGUACUGCCGUCCAUUGGUUUGAAAUUGAUACAUUUCUGAAAGAGGUGGACCGGGUUCUUAAGAAUCGUGGAUGUCUUGCUCUUUUUUCCUAUGUUCCACAUAUGGAAAUACAUUACAAAGACCGGUCGGAGCAGAUGAAUAAGGUUGUCUCUGAGGUUGAAAAUCUUCUAAACAAAUACCAACAUGAGAAAGUGUAUCAUGUCCGAACUGGUUACAAGGACAUUUUUGACACCAUUCCUUAUACAGACAAAAUAAGGAGAGAUGAAAUCAUUAUAAAGGCCCCAAUGCCUCUUUCAGAGUAUAUUGGUCUGAUCCAGACCUUCUCCAUGUUCCAGAUUUAUCUUGGACUAGAGCCAGAAAAAGCUAAGGACUUUAUAAAGACAACCGAACAAAGGUUUCUGGAAAUUAUGGAAGUGUCCUCCACUGAAACCGAAGUUGAGCUCUGGUUCAGAUAUGUUUUGGUGCUAGCUUCUAAGCCAAAGUAACCUGAGAUCAUGAGAAAAAUAUUUUACUCUAUGAAAUGUUCUAGCAAUGCAUUAUAAACAGUGUUUUCCACAGAGUAUUACUGUGCAAAUCCAAAAAUGUUACCCAUUAAUUGAAAGAACUAGUGCAACAAGAAGCAUAGACAAAUUUGUGUGAUCUCUUGUUUGGGCCUCUUCAUGAACUACCAUGGCUUCAGCACACAUUAUACAGUAUGACUGUAAUUUCAGCACCAGUGCAGUAGUGCUUAAACAACAAUAAACUUAAAAGUAUAUUAAACACCAUUACAAAUACACACUCUGUGACCCAUCUAAGCCCUGGUCUGUAUGAUUCGUUUUGCUUCGUUGUUAACUUCUGUUGCCAUUUACAACCAGCAGGAGCUAUUAAAAUGCGUUCAAUAUUAAAGGGUUAUUUCCAGCUCAUAAAUUCAGUUUCCUGACCUUUAGCAUGUAUGUGACUAGAAAGCCAAAAUCAGCAGAAGUGGGGAAGUUGCAAAAUUUGCCUAGCUCCCAUUGACCUAAAUAGAAAUUGGGAAAAUGAUGUAACCUUGCUAGCUAUGUUAUUUCAGCGAGAUGGGCAUACUCCUUUAAUCCAUUCACAAAGUUCCUUGAACUUUCUGUGCAGGCAGCUGAUGGUUUUCUGAUACUACGGUUGUUCAUAAAUUAAAAUAGCAACAGAAUGGUACAAUGCUUGUAUCACUUGUUGCACUGGUUCUUUUCCUGCUGUUUCUAUGCUUGUCUUUGUGAUUUAACUUUCAAUUUCAUUCUAUUGGGUCUUUGCAUUUACUAAACAAUAUUCACUGAAAUAAACCAUGUACCAUCAUGUUAAAAAUUA